GAGUACAGCCCCCAGCCAUACAGGACCAACUACACAGAGUACAGCCCCCAGCCAUACAGGACCAACUACACAGAGUACAGCCCCCGGCCAUACAGGUAGGAGGUAUAUAGACCCCAUACAGGACCAACUACACAGAGUACAGCCCCCAGCCAUACAGGACCAACUACACAGAGUACAGCCCCCAGCCAUACAGGACCAACUACACAGAGUACAGCCCCCGGCCAUACAGGACCAACUACACAGAGUACAGCCCCCAGCCAUACAGGACCAACUACACAGAGUACAGCCCCCAGCCAUACAGGACCAACUACACAGAGUACAGCCCCCAGCUAUACAGGUAGGAUUUAUAUAGACCCCAUACAGUACCAGCUACACAGAGUACAGCCUUCAGCCAUACAGAUAGGAUAUAUACACAGACAGAUUUGCACAGACACACACAGAAAUAAACACGCACAUUGAGACCCAUAUGAUUGACAACUGUUGUUUCCGUGGUGAUAGAUGUUCGUGCAGCAGCCUGGCGGAGCUUUGAAUGUCCAGCUGCCUCAGGUGGGGGUGGUGCCACAGGGAGCAGUUCUGACCAAUCAGGCGCAGCAGACUGUCCUAAACCCCGCCCACACAGGAAGUCAGCUCACCAUUCAGCAGCAGCAGUCACCUCCUCCUCAACAGAACCUUCAGCGACAGCAAAACAACUCUCUCGCUCAGGUCCAGCAGCAGUGUCAACCACAGCAACAGCAGCAACCUGUCUAUAACAUGAUCAUGUCUCAGCCUGGCCAGCCCAACCUACUACAGAUCAGUACCAGUCUACCACAGAACAACACACAACAGGCUGUAGCCACCUUCACACAAGACAACACUCAGAUACAGUUUCCGGCGGGCCAGCAGCUGGUGACUAAGUUAGUGACAGCUCCCAUGGCAUGUGGAGCUGUCAUGGUCCCGACCUCUGUGUUCAUGGGACAACCGGUCAUCGCUUACAACCCCUUCGGAGGGCAGCAGGGCGGUCAGACUCUGACCCUCCAGGCAGCCCAGCCCCAACAGAACCAGCCUGACAGCCAGACACAGACGGCUGUAGUGGCACAGAGUAACCAACAGGGGGCGCAGCAGCAGUUCGUACAGGGCACCCGUCUUCUCCACGGCAACCAGCAGCUGAUCCUGCAGGCAGCAUUCCCCAUGCAACAACAGCAACAGGCCUUCACCCAGGUAACACAACAACAACAGCCUCACAACCAGAGGCAUCAGCUGCAGCUGAAACCACAGCCGCAGAAACAACCCAAAGGCCCGCCUUCGCACCGGACUGACAGCUCCAGCAGCCAAGCACAGUAGGCCAGGCGUCCAAUCAGACUCUAUGACCUGAAGGCUGAACCAAUCAGAGGUGUGGAGGGGUGUCCUGGAUUGUGUUGUGUGUUUUUCUAAUGGAACUACAGUGUUGGAGUCACCCAACCCCCCCUCCUAUCACCCCUACCAAUAUAGCUGCUGUGUUGACCCCCUCUAUCUUCCGCCAUAACAAACUGAAUUAUGGGUAACGGUGAGGGUGGCCAGCCCUUCGUCCUAGAAAGCUACUAACUGUGCAGGGUUUGGCUCCGGCUCUGCUCUAACACACCUAUUCAGUUGCUCAACAGGACCUUGAUGUUCACCUAGACUGAAUCAGGUGUGUUGGUUAGCGCAGGGCCGGAACUAAAGCCUGCAGUCAGGAGAUCUUCAGGAGGUUUGGCCCCACCUGGAUUUCACCUUCCCAGAGGAACUCCUCAUCACCGCGGUGACAAUAGUACGGACCGGAACCUCGGUGUCCGUGGAAACCCGGUAGAACUCUCUGCGUUGCCACGGUAACGAGAGACUCCAAAAGGACCGUUGUGGUGAUGGACUGACUCUGUGGGUCUGUACAGUACAGACGUGUGUCACAUUAAAAUAAAACAUGUAAAUAUCCAUUAUAGCUACAAAGAAAAACACGGGAAAUGACAAUUUUAUAUGAUUUGCAUGGGUAAAUAACUGUACGUUUUUAUUAGUAACUUUUGACAAAAUGACUUUAGACUUUAUUCAGUGUUUUCCUGGUCAGAUAUGAGCUGACAGACGUUCAGCUAGGAUGCAGAGCCGCCUCUCUCUUCCACCUAAAGGUCUUCGGCUCUGUUUCAACACUUAUGCAUCAAUCCUUCCUUCCUGCCUUGAGGUUAUCAAAGGCAUUCAGUUUAAGGGUGUAUUCUAUUUGUGUUGGAACAUGGCCCUCGGAGGGAGAGAUGUUGUGUCACCGUUCGUUUAAUGGACGGGCUUGGGUUCUCGUGGGAUGCUGGAAAAUGUCUUUUUUUUUAAAACUCAACAUUUUGUUUUUUUGUUUUGUUUUUUGACUCAACAUUUUGAAACGUUUUAUCAGAACAACAACCACGUCUGAUCCAAUCAGAUCAUGACGACCAAACAGACGGGUAAAUCCAGUCUAAACCAGACCAGGGUGUCGGCGAUAUUACUCAGCCUGGUCCCAGAUCCCUUCGGUCUUGUUGGCUCAGUUGGUAGAGCAAGGCACUUGCAACCCCAAAGGUCGUGGGUUUGAUUCCAGCUCGUCCGUACGUCAAAUCUAUGCACGUAUGACUGACUCUUAAGUUGCUUUGGGGAAGAAAAGAAAACAUCUUCUAAAUGUUCUAUAUGAAUGGUGCCGUCUUACCAACUUCACAACACACAGGUCUGGGAUCAUCUAUAACGGGUUUAUUAGUUAUUCCAUGUGCCAAUAGUCACAACACACAGGUCUGGGAUCAUCUAUAACGGGUUUAUUAGUUAUUCCAAGUGCCAAUAGUCACAACACACAGGUCUGGGAUCAUCUAUAAUGGGUAUAUUAGUUAUUCCAAGUGCCAAUAGUCACAACACACAGGGUCAGUUGAUAUAUAUAUUUUAACAGACUAUUCAGAGAGAGAGAGAGAUAUAUAUAUAUAUAUUUCCAGAAGUAUAUGACCCUUCUAUUAAGAGUACUGCAUGUAUAUAGAAUGGAUUAUUUUUUAAUGAAGACAGAAACAGAGUCUUAUUAUACAUAGAAAAUAUAUAUUUAACCUCCCCAUGAUAUUAUAGCACUUAAUGAGGUCUAACACAGUAAAUUACAGACAGUAAAUCUCCCCAUGAUAUUAUAGCACUUAAUGAGGUCUAACACAGUAAAUUACAGACAGUAAAUCUCCCCAUGAUAUUAUAGCACUUCAUGAGGUCUAACACAGUAAAUUACAGACCUACAGACAGUAAAUCUCCCCCAUGUUAUUAUAGCACUUAAUGAGGUCUAACACAGUAAAUUACAGACAGUAAAUCUCCCCAUGAUAUUAUAGCACUUAAUGAGGUCUUAGAAAGUAAAUUACAGACAGUAAAUCUCCCCCAUGAUAUUAUAGCACUUAAUGAGGUCUAACACAGUAAAUUACAGACAGUAAAUCUCCCCAUGAUAUUAUAGCACUUAAUGAGGUCUAACACAGUAAAUUACAGAAAGUAAAUCUCCCCAUGAUAUUAUAGCACUUAAUGAGGUCUAACACAGUAAAUUACAGACAGUAAAUCUCCCCAUGAUAUUAUAGCACUUAAUGAGGUCUAACACAGUAAAUUACAGACAGUAAAUCUCCCCCAUGAUAUUAUAGCACUUAAUGAGGUCUAACACAGUAAAUUACAGACCUACAGACAGUAAAUCUCCCCAUGAUAUUAUAGCACUUAAUGAGGUCUUAGACAGUAAAUUACAGACCUACAGACAGUAAAUCUCCCCAUGAUAUUAUAGCACUUAAUGAGGUCUAACACAGUAAAUUACAGACCUACAGACAGUAAAUCUCCCCCAUGAUAUUAUAGCACUUAAUGAGGUCUAACACAGUAAAUUACAGACCUACAGACAGUAAAUCUCCCCAUGAUAUUAUAGCACUUAAUGAGGUCUAACACAGUAAAUCUCCCCAUGAUAUUAUAGCACUUAAUGAGGUCUAACACAGUAAAUUACAGACAGUAAAUCUCCCCCAUGAUAUUAUAGCACUUAAUGAGGUCUAACACAGUAAAUUACAGACCUACAGACAGUAAAUCUCCCCCAUGUUAUUAUAGCACUUAAUGAGGUCUAACACAGUAAAUUACAGACCUACAGACAGUAAAUCUCCCCAUGAUAUUAUAGCACUUAAUGAGGUCUAACACAGUAAAUUACAGACCUACAGACAGUAAAUCUCCCCAUGAUAUUAUAUCACUUAAUGAGGUCUAACACAGUAAAUUACAGACAGUAAAUCUCCCCCAUGAUAUUAUAGCACUUAAUGAGGUCUAACACAGUAAAUUACAGACAGUAAAUCUCCCCAUGAUAUUAUAGCACUUAAUGAGGUCUAACACAGUAAAUUACAGACAGUAAACCUCCCCCAUGAUAUUAUAGCACUUAAUGAGGUCUAACACAGUAAAUUACAGACAGUAAAUCUCCCCAUGAUAUUAUAUCACUUAAUGAGGUCUAACACAGUAAAUUACAGACAGUAAAUCUCCCCCAUGAUAUUAUAGCACUUAAUGAGGUCUAACACAGUAAAUUACAGACAGUAAAUCUCCCCAUGAUAUCAUAGCACUUAAUGAGGUCUAACACAGUAAAUUACAGACCUACAGACAGUAAAUCUCCCCAUGAUAUUAUAGCACCUAAUGAGGUCUAACACAGUAAAUUACAGACCUACAGACAGUAAAUCUCCCCCAUGAUAUUAUAGCACUUAAUGAGGUCUAACACAGUAAAUUACAGACAGUAAAUCUCCCCCAUGAUAUUAUAGCACUUAAUGAGGUCUAACACAGUAAAUUACAGACAGUAAAUCUCCCCAUGAUAUCAUAGCACUUAAUGAGGUCUAACACAGUAAAUUACAGACCGAGCUGUGUUGAAUCUGGAUGUGUGUGGAAAUGUGUGUUUGUGUGUGUGAGAGAGUAUGUGAGUCUGUGUUCUUGUCCAUGAGUUUACAUCUAGAAAUUGUGUGUGUGUGUGUGUAUGUGUGUGUUUACAUUGAGUGUGUGUGUGUGUUUACAUUGUGUGUGUUUCCCCGUGUGUCUUAUACGAACUCCCUUAUUCAAGGAUCCACAAUUUGCUGACUGGUCUCUGCUCAGGAAUAAAACUGCUGUGUCCAAAAUGGUACUCUCCUAUUGACUCUGGUCUAAAGUAGUGCACUAUAUAGGCAAUAGGGCCCUGGUCUAAAGUAGUGCACUAUAUAGGGAAUAGGGCCCUGGUCUAAAGUAGUGCACUAUAUAGGGAAUAGGGCUCUGGUCUAAAGUAGUGCACUAUAUAGGCAAUAGGGCCCUGGUCUAAAGUAGUGCACUAUAUAGGGAAUAGGGCCCUGGUCUAAAGUAGUGCACUAUAUAGGGAAUAGGGCUCUGGUCUAAAGUAGUGCACUAUAUAGGGAAUAGUGCCAUAGAGCCCUGGUCUAAAGUAGUGCUCUAUAUAGGGAAUAGGGCUCUGAUCUAAAGUACUGCUCUAUAUAGGGAAUAGGGUGCCAUAGGGCUCUGGUCUAAAGUAAUGCACUAUAUAGGGAAUAGGGCUCUGGUCUAAAGUACUGCUCUAUAUAGGGAAUAGGGUGCCAUAGGGCCCUGGUCUAAAGUAGUGCACUAUAUAGCGAAUAGGGUGCCAUAGAGCUCUGGUCUAAAGUAGUGCUCUAUAUAGGGAAUAGGGCUCUGGUCUAAAGUACUGCUCUAUAUAGGGAAUAGGGUGCCAUAGGGCUCUGGUCUAAAGUAAUGCACUAUAUAGGGAAUAGGGCUCUUGUCUAAAGUACUGCUCUAUAUAGGGAAUAGGGUGCCAUAGGGCUCUGGUCUAAAGUAGUGCACUAUAUAGGGAAUAGGGCUCUGGUCUAAAGUACUGCUCUAUAUAGGGAAUAGGGUGCCAUAGGGCUCUGGUCUAAAGUAGUGCUCUAUAUAGGGAAUAUGGCUCUGGUCUAAAGUAGUGCACUAUAUAGGGAAUAGGGCUCUGGUCUAAAGUACUGCUCUAUAUAGGGAAUAGGGUGCCAUAGGGCUCUGGUCUAAAGUAGUGCACUAUAUAGGGAAUAGGGCUCUGGUCUAAAGUACUACUCUAUAUAGGGAAUAGGGUGCCAUAGGGCCCUGGUCUAAAGUACUGCUCUAUAUAGGGAAUAGGGUGCCAUUGGGUUCUGGUCUAAAGUAGUGCUCUAUAUAGGGAAUAGGGCUCUGGUCUAAAGUAGUGCUCUAUAUAGGGAAUAGGGCUCUGGUCUAAAGUAGUGCUCUAUAUAGGGAAUAGGGCUCUGGUCUAAAGUAGUGCUCUAUAUAUUGAAUAGGGUGCCAUAGGGCUCUGGUCUAAAGUAGUGCACUAUAUAGGGAAUAGGGUGCCAUAGAGCUCUGAUCUAAAGUAGUGCACUAUAUAGGGAAUAGGGCUCUGGUCUAAAGUAGUGCUCUAUAUAGGGAAUAGGGCUCUGGUCUAAAGUACUGCUCUAUAUAGGGAAUAGGGUGCCAUAGGGCUCUGGUCUAAAGUAGUGCACUAUAUAGGGAAUAGGGUGCCAUAGGGCUCUGGUCUAAAGUAGUGCACUAUAUAGGGAAUAGGGCUCUGGUCUAAAGUAGUGCACUAUAUAGGGAAUAGGGUGCCAUAGGGCUCUGGUCUAAAGUAGUGCACUACAUAGGGAAUAGGGUGCCAUAGGGCUCUGGUCUAAAGUAGUGCUCUAUAUAGGGAAUAGGGUGCCAUAGGGCUCUGGUCUAAAGUAGUGCACUAUAUAGGGAAUAGGGUGCCAUAGAGCUCUGGUCUAAAGUAGUGCACUAUAUAGGGAAUAGGGCUCUGGUCUAAAGUAGUGCACUAUAUAGGGAAUAGGGCCCUGGUCUAAAGUAGUGCACUAUAUAGGGAAUAGGGCCCUGGUCUAAAGUAGUGCACUAUAUAGGGAAUAGGGGCUCUGGUCUAAAGUAGUGCACUAUAUAGGGAAUAGGGGCUCUGGUCUAAAGUAGUGCACUAUAUAGGGAAUAGGGCUCUGGUCUAAAGUAGUGCACUAUAUAGGGAAUAGGGUGCCAUAGGGCUCUGGUCUAAAGUAGUGCACUACAUAGGGAAUAGGGCCCUGGUCUAAAGUAGUGCACUAUAUAGGGAAUAGGGUGCCAUAGGGCUCUGAUCUAAAGUAGUGCACUAUAUAGGGAAUAGGGUGCCAUUGGAGAAUCAGCCAAGGACUCAGCAGACAUGCAUCUAUCUGCUCCAGUAUACACAGGCCUCACAUGGGGCCCAAUCAUAACCUGACAUCUGCACAUGCUCAGUCUCUCCAGGCCAGACAGAACACGUCACAUGUCUGUCAGGAGAUGGGGAAAUGACAGAUAACAAACCAUUCUUCUGGUGCGUUGCUUUUCUGAUUAUUAGGGACGAAUCAACAAAUCAAAUCAUGAAAAACUAAUCAGAUUUUACGUCACGGAAAUGUUAUGAGUUUGCAUUGGUCUGGUCAGUCAGUUGAUAUUUGAUCCAGGUCUGGUCAGUUGAUAUUUGAUCCAGGUCUGGUCAGUUGAUAUUUGAUCCAGGUCUGGUCAGUUGAUAUUUGAUCCAGGUCUGGUCAGUUGAUAUUUGAUCCAGGUCUGGUCAGUUGAUAUUUGAUCCAGGUCUGGUCAGCUGAUAAUUAAUCCAGGUCUGGUCACUAGUCAGUUGAUAUUUGAUCCAGGUCUGGUCAGUUGAUAUUUGAUCCAGGUCUGGUCAGUUGAUAUUUGAUCCAGGUCUGGUCAGUUGAUAUUUGAUCCAGGUCUGGUCAGUAGUCAGUUGAUAUUUGAUCCAGGUCUGGUCAGUUGAUAUUUGAUCCAGGUCUGGUCAGCUGAUAAUUAAUCCAGGUCUGGUCAGUAGUCAGUUGAUAUUUGAUCCAGGUCUGGUCAGUAGUCAGUUGAUAUUUGAUCCAGGUCUGGUCAGUUGAUAUUUGAUCCAGGUCUGGUCAGUUGAUAUUUGAUCCAGGGCUGGUCAGUUGAUAUUUGAUCCAGGGCUGGUCAGUUGAUAUUUGAUCCAGGUCUGGUCAGUUGAUAUUUGAUCCAGGUCUGGUCAGUUGAUAUUUGAUCCAGGUCUGGUCAGUUGAUAUUUAAUCCAGGUCUGGUCAGUAGUCAGUUGAUAUUUGAUCCAGGUCUGGUCAGUAGUCAGUUGAUAUUAUAUCCAGGUCUGGUCAGUAGUCAGUUGAUAUUUGAUCCAGGUCUGGUCAGUGGUCAGUCAGUAAUGUAACAGUGAAGACAUAUCUAACAGUAAAAGUCUUGGACAGGAGGAGUGUGUUGUUUGGAAAAAGGACUUCCCAGAACGUCUGUGAUUGUCAUUUCUCUUCUUCGUUUUGUUCUACUUCCUGUAUCACACGGGAACAGCCAAUCAGUUCAUGCGUUGCAGUAACGAUGACGACUAGUGAAUAGUCUAGAAUCUUCCUCUGUGUUUGGGCUGGUGAUGACGUCGCCCAAGAGAGAUGCAGCCCAACCUGAAUACAUGUUAGUGUGAGACUGAGCGUGUUGCCACGACAACAACCUCCACUGUGUUCCUGUGGAUUUUACACAUCAAGGUAUUAAUGCGUAGACUUGACGCAUGACUUCAUGGUGAAUCCAUUACCUACGAAGCUAUGACAAAGUGUGUGUCUCACACACACACACACACACACACACACACACACACACACACACACACUACCCUUUUGACACACAUCCCUCAGCAAAUUCAGGUCCUUGAGUUUUAGUGUUUUGUGAGUUUUAUUGCUGAAAAAAAUGCAUGUGUUAUUGUGGUGUUAUUUCCACAUCACUGAUAUACAACCAGCCCAAAGAAUGUAACGGUGGAAGAGGUUAAAGGAUGUACCUUGUUUGACUGGUGUCCCAAAUGACAACCUAUUUCCUAUAUAGUGCACUACGUUUUGUCCAGAGCUGGUCUAAAGUAGUGCACUAUGUGUAUGAAACAGGGUGGGACGGCGCCAUUCUGCUGUAGAAGAGAAACAGGCUUGUGUGAUGAAGUGGUUCAAUCAUGUUCCAUUCAAUAGUAUGAGAAUCGAGUUCUGAAAUUCUAUGUUCUGAUUCUAUGAUUCCGUUGUUCCGAUGUUGCUGUAACAAGCAGCUCUGUUUGGACUAUUCUGAAUGUUGGACCUGAACAGUGUUUCUUUACCAUUGACAGACUGAAACCCAACUGUUAUUUCACCAAUACACACCGCGGUGGUUUCUAGAACUAACUGUUAUUUCACCAAUACACACCGUGGUGGUUUCUAGAACUAACUGUUAUUUCACCAAUACACACCGUGGUGGUUUCUAGAACUAACUGUUAUUUCACCAAUACACACCGCUGUGGUUUCUAGAACUAACUGUUAUUUCACCAAUACACACCGUGGUGGUUUCUAGAACUGUUAUUUCACCAAUACACACCGUGGUGGUUUCUAGAACUAACUGUUAUUUCACCAAUACACACCGUGGUGGUUUCUAGAACUAACUGUUAUUUCACCAAUACACACCGUGGUGGUUUCUAGAACUAACUGUUAUUUCACCAAUACACACCGUGGUGGUUUCUAGAACUAACUGUUAUUUCACCAAUACACACCGUGGUGGUUUCUAGAACUAACUGUUAUUUCACCAAUACACACCGUGGUGGUUUCUAGAACUAACUGUUAUUUCACCAAUACACACCGUGGUGGUUUCUAGAACUAACUGUUAUUUCACCAAUACACACCGUGGUGGUUUCUAGAACUAACUGUUAUUUCACCAAUACACACCGUGGUGGUUUCUAGAACUAACUGUUAUUUCACCAAUACACACCGCGGUGGUUUCUAGAACUAACUGUUAUUUCACCAAUACACACCGUGGUGGUUUCUAGAAAUCCUGCUAGUUUACUGGUUAAAAACCAGCUCAGAAACCUCACUUACCAGGUAACACCAACUAGUUUACUGUACAUUUACCAGGUAAUCCCAACUAGUUUUAAUGUACACUUACCAGGUAAUCCCAACUAGUUUACUGUACACUUACCAGGUAAUCCCAACUAGUUUUAAUGUACACUUACCAGGUAAUCCCAACUAGUUUUAAUGUACAUUUACCAGGUAAUCCCAACUAGUUUUAAUGUACACUUACCAGGUAAUCCCAAUUAGUUUUAAUGUACGCUUACCAGGUAAUCUCAACUAGUUUUAAUGUACACUUACCAGGUAAUCCCAACUAGUUUACUGUACAUUUACCAGGUAAUCCCAACUAGUUUACUGUACAUUUACCAGGUAAUCCCAACUAGUUUUAAUGUACACUUACCAGGUAAUCCCAAUUAGUUUUAAUGUACGCUUACCAGGUAAUCCCAACUAGUUUACUGUACAUUUACCAGGUAAUCCCAACUAGUUUUAAUGUACCCUUACCAGGUAAUCCCAACUAGUAUACUGUACAUUUACCAGGUAAUCCCAACUAGUUUUAAUGUACCCUUACCAGGUAAUCCCAACUAGUAUACUGUACAUUUACCAGGUAAUCCCAACUAGUAUACUGUACAUUUACCAGGUAAUCCCAACUAGGUUAACGUACAUUUACCAGGUAAUCCCAACUGGGUUAACGUACAUUUACCAGGUAAUCCCAACUAGUAUACUGUACAUUUACCAGGUAAUCCCAACUAGGUUAACGUACAUUUACCAGGUAAUCCCAACUAGGUUAACGUACAUUUACCAGGUAAUCCCAACUAGUGUUAAUGGGACUCUGCUGACGUGCAUUUCCUCUUCCUGUCACCAGCUGUGUCCUCCCUCUCUCCCAAAGCAACAUGGAAACACAGUGUGUCCUGUAUUCUCAACCCUUCUCCUCCCGCUCUCCCUCGGUCAAUAUGAAAAUAAAACCCGAUUUACAAAUGUA